CUGCGUUUGCACUUGUCAUUUUCCAAUUCGAUCCAUGAAGGCCAUCUACCUCUUGAGCGCGCUUCUUGCGGCUGCGGUUGCCGACGUCAAGCAAGACUACGAGCCGUGCAGCAUGCAGCACGACUACUGCGCCAAAGACAGCUGGAUCUGCUGCGUUGGACCCAAGGACGUCAAGUCGGGCAAGAUGACGUGCCGCCCCGGCGGCAGCGACUGCAUCUGGGACUCGCCUGAGAUGCGCAAGUCGGGCUACUGGGACUCGUCUGACUCGAGCUCCGGGUGGGACUCGGGCUCCGGCUCACACCCGUCGGAUGAGCCGAGCGAUGAGCCGAGUGACGAGCCGAGUGACGAGCCGAGUGACGAGCCGAGUGAUGAACCUAGCGAUGAGCCGAGUGACGAGCCGAGUGACGAGCCGAGCGAUGAGCCGAGUGACGAGCCGAGUGACGAGCCGAGUGAUGAACCUAGCGAUGAGCCGAGUGACGAGCCGAGUGACGAGCCGAGUGACGAGCCGAGUGAUGAACCCAGCGAUGAGCCGAGUGAUGAGCCUUCGAACGAUCCGACCGACGGCCCCACGGAUACCCCAACCGAUGCGCCGACGGACGCUCCCAAGCCGACGCCGUCGCCAUCGAGCCAGCCGGGCAACGGGUCGCCGAUCCUGGUCAACUUGGCCGUGCCCGACCACGUUGGUGUCGACUGCCCUGGCAUCCAGUCGCGCUUCCCGGCUGGCACGCUCUUCUGUGGCUCGCCCAAGCCGCCGGGGGCCAACAUCUACACGCCGUCGUGCGACCAGUCGAUGACCGUGACGUGGCAGGGCAAGAGCGUCACGUGCGUCAUUUCGUUCCAAGCAUCGGGCGUCGGCUUGACGACCGACGCCUACGUCGAGCUUGUCCCCGAGGCCUACGCCGUGCUCACGGGCUCGACGCAGGGUGGCAUCAUCACGGGCGCGACCUGCAGUGGCGUCUGCAACGUCGCCCGGUCGUAAACCAUCGAGUAAUCCUUUGUGUUAUAUACCAUCGUCGUCGUCACAUGUAAAUGAAUAUAAAACAACACCGACCGUGUUGUCCACUGAAAGACGU